AUGCAUACUUUGAGAUUAUUAUGGGCAGCUAAUAAUGAAACAACAUUGCAAAGACGCCAAACAAGAGAAAAUCGUCGUAAAAUGGUGCAAAUUGUGGAGAUGGAGGAAUUGGAACUUGUUCAACGUUUUAGGUUUCAGAGGCGAUUUAAACUCCCGGGUACAGUUGGAUGCAUAGACUGUACCCAUAUAGCAAUAGUCAUGACAUCAGAUGAAGAACAUUUAUUUUUUAAUAGGAAAGGUUAUCAUUCAUUGAAUGUACAAAUGGUAUGCAACAGUAAUUUAAAAAUUACUAAUGUAAAUCCAAAGUUUGGCGGAGCUACCCAUGACUCAUUCAUAUGGGCAUCUAGCAGAAUGGAAACAUUUAUGCGAGAAUUGCACCAAAAUGGAGAACAGGUGUGGUUAUUAGGUCAUUCUGGAUAUCCUCAGCGGCCAUGA